AUGGUGGGCCCGGCGCGGACCCCGUUCCGAGGCGCCGCCGAGCCGCCGCCCCGCGCGUCCCGCUCCCCGCUGCCCAGACGGCGGCGCCGGGCGCCCCGAGCCCGGGAGCCGGACGCCGAGGAGUCGCCGCCCCGGGGCGCGGACAAAUGCGAGCUGCCGGCCACCCUGGGCGGCGGGCACCUGCCGGGCGGCCGGCGCGGGCACUCGUCGCGGAGGCCCCUCGACCUGGAGCGGCCCGACGGCGCGCGGCUGGAGAUGGUCACGCGGCGGCUGCUGCGCGGCCGUUUCCCGGUCGUCGGGCAGCUGCUGCAGCAGCUCCGGGACCAGACGACGCAGCUGCGCUCGCGUCGCCUCUCCCGGAGGAGCAUGUUGGGCCUCGCUGUCUUUGUGGCACUUUUGCACUGGGUGCACUUAAAGACACUUUUUGAAAAUGAUCGUCAUUUUUCUCACCUCUCAUCUUUGGAACGGGAAAUGACUUUUCGCACUGAAAUGGGACUUUAUUAUUCUUACUUCAAGACCAUUAUUGAUGCACCUUCAUUUUUGCAAGGACUGUGGAUGAUUAUGAAUGAUAGGAUCACUGAAUAUCCACUUGUAAUUAAUACAGUGAAACGCUUCUAUCUUUAUCCAGAGGUGAUCAUAGCCCUCUGGUAUCGCACAAUUAUGGGAAUAAUGAAUUUAUUUGGGAUAGAAACUAAGACCUGCUGGAAUGUCACCAGAAUAGAAUCUAUGAAUGAAAUUGAAAGCUGUGAAGGAUUGGGAGACCCUGCUUGCUUUUAUGUUGGUGUGAUCUUUCUUUUAAAUGGAUCACUGAUGGGAUUAUUCUUUGUAUAUGGCACAUUCCUGAGUGGAACUCAACUUGGUGGCCUAAUUACAGUAUUAUGCUACUUUUUCAACCAUGGAGAGGCUACUCGUGUGAUGUGGACACCACCUCUUCGGGAAAGCUUUUCAUAUCCAUUUCUCGUACUUGAGAUGUAUGUUUUAACUCUCAUGCUCAGGACCUCGAACCUUAAUAAAAAGCAUUUCAUUGCACUUUGUGUGUCCAAUGUUGCUUUUAUGCUUCCCUGGCAGUUUGCUCAGUUUAUCCUUUUCACACAGAUAGUCUCAUUAUUUUCCAUGUAUAUUGUGGGGUACAUUGAGCCAAGCAAAUUUCAGAAGAUCAUUUAUAUGAACAUGAUUUCUGUUUUCCUCUGUUUUAUAUUGAUGUUUGGAAAUACAAUGUAUUUAUCUUCUUAUUAUUCUUCAUCUUUGUUAAUGGCAUGCGUGAUAAUUCUAAAGAGAAAUAAAAUACAAAAAUUGGUAGUGUCUGAACUCAACUUUUGGCUAAUUCAAGGUUUUGCUUGGUUGGGUGGAACAAUCAUUUUGAAAUUUCUGACAUCUAAAAUCUUAGGUGUUUCAGACCAUAUUCGCCUGAGUGAUCUUAUAGCAGCCAGAAUUUUGAGGUAUUCAGAUUUUGAUACUUUAUUAUACACAUGUGCUCCUGAAUUUGACUUCAUGGAAAAGGCGACUCCACUGAGAUACACAAAGACAUUGUUGCUUCCAGUUGUUAUCAUGAUUGCUUGUUUUAUCUUUAAAAAGACUUUACGUGAUGUUUUAUGUGUUUUAUCGGCAAACACUUAUUUAAGAAAACAUCUCCUUGAACAUGGUGAGCUAACGUUUCACCUGUUGCAGUUGGUAUCAUUUACCAUCAUUGCCAUUUUAAUUUUGAGAAUGAAGCUGUUUUUGACGCCACACAUGUGUAUUAUGGCUUCCUUGCUAUGCUCUCAACGGCUCUUUGGCUGGCUUUUUAGCAAAAUUCGUUUUGAGAAUAUUGUGUUUGGCAUUCUAACAGUGAUGUCAAUACAGGGCUGUGCCAACCUCCAUAGCCAGUGGAGUGUGAUGGGAGAGUUUAGCAACCUGCCUCAGGAAGAGCUGAUACAGUGGAUAAAAUACAAUACCAGACAAGAUGCCGUGUUUGCUGGUGCCAUGCCCACAAUGGCUAGCAUCAAGCUCUCUACUCUUCGCCCAAUUGUGAACCACCCACAUUAUGAGGAUGCAGACUUGAGGGCUCGAACAAAAAUAGUUUAUUCUACAUACAGUCGAAAGUCUGCAAAAGAAGUAAGAGAUAAACUUAUAGAUUUAUAUGUGAAUUAUUACAUUUUUGAAGAGGCAUGGUGCGUUGUAAGAACUAAACCCGGUUGCAGCAUGCUUGAGAUUUGGGAUCUGGAAGACCCUUCCAAUGCUGCCAACCCUCCCUUAUGCAGCAUCUUGCUCAGUGAUGCAAAGCCUUACUUCACCACAGUUUUUCAGAAUAGUGUGUACAGAGUAUUGAAGGUUAAUGCAGCAUGA